UCACCCAGACCUAACUCCCUCCGGGGUGGAGGACGCCGACUCGUCCCAUCCAUCUGAGCACAAUCUUCACAGGGAGUCUACAGCAGAAGGGGUAGCUCAGCUUGAUCGUAUAGCUCGGCAGAUGAAAUCUAAAGAGCGGGCUGCUAACACAUUAGAAGGUGGUGGAAAGAAAUCCAUUGACGAAUGGCAGCAAUUACAAGCCGAACGAAAGCAAGGGCGAACCGAUCACCCGGAAGCGUUUACAGACGAUGGAGACGGAAGAUAUCAUGCCUAUUGGGGGGUCUCGGCAAACGUCCCAUUCGGUGAUAGGUUUUGGGCAGCUUGCAAGUACGAUAAUGCUAUUGGAGGAUGUAGUACCACCUCUGCUACCUGUGCCGAUAAACGUAAAUUGAUGGGAUCCUGUGCAGUAGCAGGUGCUGUUUUUUUGGACUUUGCCUUUUCGUCCCCUGUUCCUGACCGAGAAGGUCAGGUCUUGUAG